AUGUCAACAUCAACGGCUUUGUCUCAACUUCGUUCUCCCAAGGCCGCAGACUGUGACAAGUUGUUGGCUUAUGCUGAUGAUUUGCCUAUAUUUCUCUCUUCCCCUUCCAAACUUGCGCCUCUGCUUUCCCUGCUCUCUGUGUACAGUAAGGCCUCUAAUGCUUGCGUGAAUCUUGGCAAGACCAUUGCUGUUUCUCUCUCUGGGCAUUUUACACCCGAUUGGGGUCCUGUCCUGUCCUCGGCUGAUAUCACCAACCUCUACAACCACAACUCUGCCAAUGCAAUCUGCUCCCUAGCAAGCUCGACCAUCACUGUCUUGUCCUCGCACAAUGUUGCCUGUCUGUCUGUGGUAAGAGUCUGGUCAUUAACUCCCUCUUCCUCAGCACCAUCUGGUACGUUCUGUACGUUAUGUGUGCACUGCCUUCCUUCUUUACCACCAUCUGCAAUUCCAUCCGCACCUACCUUUCCCUUGGGUUUGGUAGCCCUGCGUGGGAUCUUCUCUGUCAGCCAUGACGCAAGGGUAGUUUGGGAAUCCUGGACCCUGAGAGCCAACAAAAGGCCCUACAACUUUGCUGGAUCUUGCCCAUACUUUGGGAUUCACAUGCUUGGGCUCACCCGCUUCUCUCCUGCCACUGCUCUCACUCUUCGGCUGUAUGCCAUCUGGACAUUUCUCCCACCUUUUUCAAUACCUCGCUGGAAUCUCAAAGGCAUCUAUGUCCACCACGCCUUCAGGAUAGACUCCCAAGGUGGCCUCUACUCACCUCAACCAGUGGAUGGCCUUUUCUCCCUUGUUUCCCUAAUUCAAAUCGAUAGUCGCCCUCUCUACAACACUUUGACUGGUUCCCUUCAACAUCACCUCCUCACGUCUCCUUCCUCUCUUCUUCACGCUGUGGAAAACCCUCUGGCAAAGGGUCACUACCACUGA